UGUUUGGCACUGGACAGUGAUAACCUCCAGGACCAGGACACAUGUCCAGCGGCAACAUCCACAGGGCAACCCAUCUUCAUCAACGGCUUCCCAUGCAAGAGCCCUGCCAACACCAUUGCCUCCGACUUCAAGUCAUCAAAGCUGAGCUUUGCAGGCGACACGGACAACUCUGUCCGCUCGUUGACCACCAUAGAUACUGCUGCUGAGUUUCCGGUCAACGGCCUUGGCCUGGCGGUUGCUAGGACCGACUUAGACGUGGGCGGCCUCGUCAUGCCACACUCCCACCCAAGAGCCUCUGAGUUGUUCUUUGUCAGCAAAGGUGUCGUGAUUGCUGGAUUUAGUGACACCAAAAACCAACUUUUCCAAUCACAGCUUAGAGCAGGUGAUGUCUUUGUCUUCCCAAGAGGGCUUCUUCACUACUGUUUGAACAAUGGCUUUGAGCCUGCCACUGCUUUCUCCGUUCUGAACAGCCAGAACCCCGGUCUGGUUAGCAUCUCCAGCGCCAUGUUUGCGCUCCAUGAUUCAAGCGCCAUUAACAUGUUAAAGAAGAGAUUAAUUUCUCUUUCUUCACUUCAGAUGGAUCGAAUUGCAAAUGCAAGUCUCUUCAGAUCUUAGGCCUGAAGCUUAGGGGCUUUAAGACAAUGGCAUGACUUAAAGACAAGGCUUGAUCAUUGUCUAUUUAGUGUGCUGGUGCAAAAACAUGGCCUUUAGUUGAGUGGUUUUGGUUAUUGAUUUGAAUCUUUACAAUUACCCCGAAUUGAUUUGCUGCUAUCAGUGCUUCAUAUAGUUGUGGCGCUCUAUAUUUUGCCAUUAUUCAUCAAUUUGCUAGCAUUUGCUCAAAUAUGACAUAUAGACAGGAAGAAACCUUUAGUUAAUUGGCCUCAAGAUGGUUGAAAAGAAAGGGAGCCUCUCCCCUGAUCUUUGAGCUUCAAUUGAACCAAUCUACUCCGUACUUGAACUUGAAAGCACGCUUGAGCUUUGUUUGAGGCAUGGUAAAACUGCUAAUCUGUAGACUUUAUAAAGUUAUUAAGCAUGGUAAAGUUUUGAAGCUCGAGAUCUCUGCACUUAAAUGUGUAGACUUUAUAAUGUGGGAUCACUCAAGAGUAUCAACAGGGUUAGAACUGAAUUUGAAUUCAUGCCCAAAUGAUAUUCUCAAGACUUCCAAAAGUGCAGACUUUAUAGUAGGGUUAGAAUUGAACUUGAGUUCAAGACAAAAUGAAAUUCUCUAAUAUUCCUAAGAUUGC